AGGCUGAGUUUGGCAGGCCAGCAAACAAUCAGACGCCGGGCCCACAGGAAGCAGCCGGGAAUACGACAACAGCGGGAGGGGGGCAGCGCCAGCAGCACUGCCUCCUCCUCCACCUCAGCCUCCACAGGGAGGCCCACAGGUUCCCAUGGGUUCACCACAGGUGCGACCAUCUUCAUCAGGCCCUCAGUUUGCCACCACUGCCAAUGGGACGCCUCCUCAGCAACCUUUGCAGCAGUCUCCAGCCGUUGCUAUGGCAUCAGGUUCGCCAUUGCACAACUGCGUGGCUCGCUCCCCUCAGACUCCAACCCAAGCUCAGACACAAGCAGUCUCUAGGCCUGGGAAUGGAUACAUGAUGAACCCCGGGCCAGGAGUCAGUCAGGCGGGCACCGGACCUGGAGCAGCUGGGAUACCGCCUGGAAGUCAGCCUGUAGGACCAGUAACGCCUGAGCUUUCCCAUGCAGAGCAGCUGAAAGCAUUUGCUCAGCAGCGUAAUAAAAUGAUGCAGAAGCAGCAGCAGCAGCAAGCAGCUAACUGGUCACCUGCAGCCGCUCCAACCAGUCCCUAUAACUCCGCUCACUUUAACCACGACAAACCCAACAGCCCCAUGAUGUAUCCACCGCAAGCCUUUAAUACACCACAGGGCCCUCUAGUGGGUGGCAUGGCCCCCAACAAUGGUCCCAAAGCCCCCAUGAACAACUACCUCCCUCACAACCACAUGGGCAUGAUGGGCCAGCAGCAGCCAAACAGCAUAAACCAGAACGCCCUGUCCAAACAGCAGCAACAGCAGCAGCAAACAGCAGGCAUGUUGUCCUACAGCAACACCAAACCGCUGAGUCACUUCAGUGGUAGCGGGGUGGAUCACAUAGGUCAGAGAAUGACCCCGCCCAUGCCAGGGAACAGUCAGGUCAAGAACCCCAUGAUGCCACCUUACAUGGGUGGUGCGGGAGGUGGUGGCCAGGGUCCGGGGCCAGGGCAGACGCAAGGGCCAAUCCCAGGACAGACGGCUCACCUGAGUGAAGAGCAGAAGAGGAUGUUACUGAUGAAGCAGAAAGUGUUGAACCAGAACAUGCCCUACAACACCAUGCAGCCUCAUGGACAGGAGCAAGGUGUGGUGGGGAUGUCACGACCACCUGGCGCCAUACCACCUCCUCACCCCGCCAGCGGUGUUGCCUCUGGGGUGGGCCCCAACCAGGGAUCAGGUCCACCUCCGGUCUACCGGCAGGACGUGAUGAAGCAGAUGAUGGUGAUAGAGCAGGAGAAGAGGGCGCAGUUGCACAUGAUGGAGCAGCAGAAGCAGCAGCUCUUCAGAGAGCAGAGACAACAGCAGCAGCAGCAGCAACUCUUGGCUGAACAGCUCCAGCAGCAGCAACAUCUCCCCAGACAAAUCGGCCAGGGCCAGAGGAAUCCAUAUCCCCAAGUCAAUCAGUACCAAGGUACCCCUCAGGCUCUCCAGAACAUUCGGGCUACCCGCCUCCUGCAGCAGCCGCAAACUCAGCAGCAGAUGGUCCAGAUGAGUUCUGUUCAGGCCCAGGGUGGUUCUGUGGGACCCCAAACUGACAUGGGAAUUCCCUACAGUAACCAGGGAUCCAACCAGGGUUCCCUGUAUGGGCUCAACCCCUCCAUGAGCCAAAUGAUCCACCAGCAGCAGCACCAGAGCCAAAGCGUCCAAGCCUCCAUGGGUCUUCCUCCACAGCACAACCCCACCGGGGGGCCACCCCGGCAGGCAGGUGCGGGUCCUGGAGUCGGAGGUAUGCCGGGAGGACCCGGAGGUGGUGGAGCUGGAGGUUAUGGAGGGCAAGGGAUGCUAAUGAACUCCAUGCCCCAACAACCUCUUAAAGGACCUCCUAAUGCCAAAGCUCAAACACAGAGACUGCAGAGCAUGCUGGGAGGAGGCGGUGGGGGAAUGGCAGCGGGCGGCUGGCCGCAGCAGCAAGGACAGAGUCUGCAGGCCAUGGGGGGUGGAGUUGGAAGGACUACAGGAGGAGGGGGAGGAGAUAUGGUGGGGUUCAGCUCUGCCCAGGGUUAUGGGAUGCAGCCGGGUCAACCCCCACGCAUGGCUAAGCAACACUUUCAGGGCCCGGGACAAGGGAUGAGCCAGGGGAUGGACCCUAGGUUGGGCAACCCAGCUGCGGGUAUGGCUGGCCCAAUGAUGGGCCCUCACAUGGGUGGUCAACCAAGGACCAACCAACCCCGCCCUAUGGUUAUGAACCAGGGAAUGAACCAGGGGGUGAUGGGCCAGGGAAUAACUGGGAUGGGGGGUUUCGUGCCAGGACCUGGGGGGCCAGGAUUAGGGGCAAGUGGAGGUGGAGGAGGUGGAUCUUACGGACCAGGGGCAGUCGGGGUUGGAGGUCAGCCGCAGGGCUACCAGAGGACAGCCAAUCAGGACAUGUCAUCCUAUGGAUACGGGGGCGGGCCCUCAGGCGGAGGAGCCUUCGGAUUGGGCGACGGCUCGGGGGCAGAGCUGGACUCAAGUGACGGUUGGAUGGAGGAGUUUUUCUCGAGCUAAUAGCCAACGGGGAAAGUUUUUACUGGAUGAACUAAAAACGUUUAAAGUUGGACAAAUUUUAAAACCUGAGAAAGUAAAACAAAAACGACGACAUGACGUGGACUGGCAUGUUUUUGUUUUGUAAAACAUGAGCAAGGUUAUAAAUGAGUUCCUGUGUUACGUUUUGUGCGUAUGUAUGUGUGUGUGAUGGAGAGAGCUAUCAUUUUGUCUUGUGCAUAUUAAUGAAAAACCAAUAUAGAGAUUAAGAGGUGUGUUUCCUAAUUUUCCUUUUUUUCUCUAUGGAAUGAAUUUUUCUUCAGUGUUUGAAAGCGAGGCCCAUUUACGCAGCAGCGCUUUGAGCCUGAGCUUCAGCAGGGGCUGACUGAAAACUGUAGACUGAUGAAGGGGAAGCAAGACUUGUUCUCAAGACAGCAAUUUAUUUGUGUUUGUGUGUUUGUGCCACCCUGAUCAGUGCUUCAGAUCUCUCAACUACGUGAGGAGCUGAAGGGAGUAGAAAGCACUCUCAACGCUCCCAUUUCUCCUCUUAGAUUUGAGCCCCCCCUCGUACAGACACACAAACACACACACUCACAAAUCUGAUUCCCUCACGCUCCUUCACUCUGUUCCUUUCACUUGAUUUCCCUCUCAUCCUCCAUUCCUCUCUCCUCCCGUCUUUCCCACCCUCUCUCCAGAGACUCGUUCCUCGCUCUCAACGCUCCUUUCUCUGUUUAAACUGUGCACAUCACAACAGAACAAAUGAUGCUCCUCUAUUGUGCCACGCAAGCUCGCUCUGCCCUCUAGUGCUUUUGCUAGGCAACCGACCUGAGUGGCAUUUUUAUUUUAUUUUUUUAAAGGGGGGUUGUGGUUCAUUUCCUGUGUUGUGUCGCUGUGGUUGCACAUGUAGACAAAGACGAAGGCAGUAAAAAGCAGCGAAAAGGAGGAGAGAAUAGGCAGCUAAAGCAAGCACACGUAGACAACAACAAACAGACAAACAAGCGUCAGCCCGGGAGGAUGUGCAGAUGUGUGAGAGGCAGCAAACAGAACUAAUAUUAGGCUACACAUUAAACCUUCUGUCUGCGUGACACAAACCACAUCGCAUGCAUCAGGCAGACAGAAACGAUCGCUGGGCACUGAAUGUAUUCAAGCACCACAAGUGACUUCUUCGUCUUAAAGAGACGAGAAAAAAAGCUCAUUGAUAAGCCCGCCCGCAGUGUUUUGUUAGUCGCUGUGUUUUUCUCUUACAGUGAUGCUGGUAGUUUGUCAAUUACACACGGAAAAGAAAGUUUAAAUUAGUUUUUGCUGAGUUUUCUUUCUUAGUUCAUCAUCUUUUGAAAAUCUGUUUGUCCUCCAGUCGCAGCACAGCUUUCCUUUUCCACUGUGGCUCAGCUUGUCGUCAGUCACCGUAGCCCUGCUUUACAUCGUGGCUUCUCUCAGCUGUAAAACGCCCUCGUUUCAAACUAUAACUGUGCUAUACUGUAACACUACUGUGAAGAAAUACAAGUCGGGCCCUUCUGGCGCUUUACAAGGAAAAUGAACCACUGCUAAGCCUUGAGUUUGUUUUAAGGAGAGAGAGAAGCUUCAGAUAGCCUUUAAGGGACAGCUCACCCCAAAGAUAAAAUUCUCAUACUUUUCAUCAGGUGUGUAGUUUUAUUUGUCCUUCCUCCGGUCAGCUGCAGAGAUUUCAACCUUCACUUAAGUGUAAUGGAAAUAAAUUGCAUUGCAGAAAUCAUGAUCUGGUUACACAGAAAACAUCCACAAACCAUGUGCUUUACCAAACUACAGCCACCAACAACAUCAAUGUGCAGAAGUAAGAGGCAAACAUGCGUCAGCCCAUCACUACUUGUACACAUAGUAGUGAUGGAGUUGAGUUGGAACUUCUAUCAGCUGUAAUUCAGUAUAAAGAAAGAAAAUCUGUUGGUUUUGAAGUCCUAAUAUUGGCUUGUGGCCACUACUCUGAAGGGUUUUCGGACCCCAAAUAUGACCCUAUUUGUAUGAGACAGUGGACUGCUAAGCUAUGAGCUCACACUUGCAUGCUUGGUUAGGAAACCGCAUCAUUAAACUGUACAGGUGCACUGCACAGCCACAGGUACCGGCUAGCUAGUGACAACUAACAGAUUUAACACAUGAGCAUUUUACUCAUCAAAACUGAAGCAUGGGUUGCUCCAAAAGACACCGAAUGGUGAGAGGUGCAGUUCAGUAACCCCAGUUGUUUUGCAUCAGGCUGUAAACAUGUUUAAUUCUGCUGUAAAGCUGGGCAUUUUAACAUGGGAGUCUAUGGGGACUGAAUCAUAUUUGAAGGCAGCCUCAAGUGGCCACUAGAGGAACUGCAACUUUAAUUAUUAUUAUUUUUAUUAUUAUUUAUUUUACCCACGGUUUAUGUGAUGUUUGAGGUAACCGUUUCAUGAUUCCUAGAAUAAAAAUGUUUGCAAAAAGUGCUGUUUCAUAGAGAUGAAUAAAGAAAACUGGAGGCUGAAGGAAAAACAUAUAAAAUGAAGGCUGGGGUGAUCAGUCCCUUUAAAGUGUGACAGCAGUUAGUAUCGAGAUGAUCAGUGCUUCCACUGAAGUUAGUGUCUCCCUUCCCCGUCGACUUCCUCUGCCCUGAUGUUUGCAUAAUGAAUAUGUGUCAAAAAGGUUUUAUUACUGUACUUGUUGGUAACAUCUUACAUCGCUAACGCUUUAAAAGAUGAAUGAAAGCGUGUCUGCAUUACUUUGUAUUUAGCUCAUCAGAGUGAAAGUUUGGAGGACGAUGCUGUAAUCAACAAAACCAAAAAAGCCUUCUUCUCUGUAAACUAACUCCUUGUCAUCAUCUGUUCUCAUGGUUGUUGGUGUUGUAUAAUCCAACCCUUUAAAUACAAACUUUAACCACCACGCCCGUCGUCCUGUAAACGCCGCUGCGUUUGGCAGCACCCGCGAAUGAAUUUCUGUACUUUUUUUUUGGUUUCUGUCACCUUUGGGAAGUCCUCCAUCUCACUGUGUGGAGACUGAAUGUCAAGGAUGGGCGGAUAUGUAGGGGUUUUAUAGCAUUCCCGAGUUUUACCAGGGGGAGCACGGUCACAAAUUUAAAACCCUCUCGGUCGUUGAGCCUGCCUCGUGUAGGAAAAGCAGCGGAGCGCCCAAACCUGCGGGGGCUCCGAUGCUCAUGCUUCCAAAAGUUUGAUGCCAGUCCAGGCAGGCUCAUAAAUCACAUGUUAGAGGCAGUUUGUGGGAAAACACCUGAGGUUUACGAGUCCAACGCGGAGGCAGGAAGGUAUAGAAACAUGUGUGGGUCAGUGUUAAGGUCACAGCCAAAGUCAGGCAGCGUGACCUGGUUUGAAAUCCCUUCAGGAAGAGAAAGGAAGCUUCCUCCAAAUAUCAUUAUGUACCGGGACCAAGUCUGUAGACAACAUUUUAACGAAAACUGUUGUUAUUGAUGUUCUUUGUUUUAUUUUAUUUUUUUUACUGGUGCUGACAUAUAUGUGAUUAUGAGAAAAAAAAGUAUAUAAAAGAUAAUGGCUAUUUGUAAAUAUGUUUUUACAGGUUUAAAUACAUCAGAUAAUACAGUCUCUACUCUGUAAAGAAUUUACUGUUUGUUGGAAAAUAGAGAAGUAUUUUUAUUUUGAAGUUUUUUGGUUUCACUUUUAACCCAUCUGAGCUAUGCCAUUGCACUUCAGACAAUGUCUUACUACUAAUUUGUAUUGUAAACCUCCUCUCUUUUUUGGAAUUUUUUUCAGUUGUUUUUUCUAGUUUGAGAUUUGACUCGGUUCUUAAGCAGUGCUUAUUUCUUUUUAUCCUGUACAGAAUUCUGAAAAUGUUAACAAAAGAUAAUUACAAGAGACUUUUUUUGUUUGUUUUUUCAAAAAGAUAAAAUAAAGAGAGACUAUUCUCGCUGAUCAUAUUACAUGAAA